UAUGAAUCCUGAUCCGAUUUCUGAUCUGAGUCCUGAUAUGAAUCCUGAUCCGAGUUCUGAUCUGAGUCCUGAUCCAAGCUCAGCAGCCCAUGAGGAGAUCAUGACGCGUGUGGACGUCACACAGAUCACGUGUGUUCAGACUGUGUCCGAAUGUCACUCUGAGCUGAAGGCGACUGAGAGUCAGAGGACCACAGACGUCACCGGCACUCAGACGGAGAGGAAGAAUACCAACGGCAGGAAGAAGCUGGUGAACGGUGUGUGCUCGUGUGUUCCUGAAACAUUAGAGAUUCUACACGCUAAACACGCCUCACAGCUGAACAGUGAGCUGCUGUACCGUGAGGAUGGACGCAGGGAUCUGUGUGUCAAUCUGUACUCACUGAUGCCCGACACACCAGACACGGAGUUCGCUAGAGAGAUGAGCGAUCUUCAGAGUGAGGUCAGAUAUAAAGAGGACGGGAGGAAGAAGCUGUCGUGUAGUCUGUACUCUCAGCUGCCCGACACGACUGACACGCAACACGCCAAACGCAUGACGGAUCUGCAGAGCGACAAUAAAUACAAAGAAGCUGGCAGAAAAAACGCUUCCACAUGUCUGUACUCACAACUGCCUGAAACCCUGGAGACUCAACACGCUAAAGAAGCGCACCAGCUACAGAGCCAGGUGAUGUAUAAGGAGGGUCAGACGAGUGUGUCCAGCUCUCUGUUCUCCACGCUGGCCGACACGCCGGAGAUCGAGUCCGCUCGAGAGAUCACAGAGACCAUCAGCGAGAAUAAAUACCGCGAGCAGAGCAGGAAGAGCAUCAGCAGCUGCAUUUACUCCCAGCUUCCUGAAACUCCAGAGACUGAGUUCAACAGGAGCGUCUCUGAGCUGCAGAGUCAGGUGAAGUAUAAGGAGGCCAGUAAGCAGCAGAUGAGCAGAUCUCUGUACCAUCAGCUCUCAGAGACUCCAGAAACUCAACACGCUCGAGACGCCGCUCACAUCCAGAGUGAGCUGAAGUACAGGCAGGGCCGGGCGUCUGUGAUGGGCAGUAGUUUGUUCUCGCUGAUGACAGAGACGCCGCAGAACGAGUUUGUGAAGCAGCAGAUGGAGCUCCGGAGUGAGCUGAAGUAUAAAGCUGACGUGAAGGAAAACUCCAGUAAUCUGUACUCGCUCAUGCCCGAGACGCUGGACACGCAGUACGCCAAACACGCCGCGGAGUUACAGAGUGACGUGAAGUAUAAGGAGGCCAGUAAGCAGCAGAUGAGCAGAUCUCUGUACCAUCAGCUCCCAGAGACUCCAGAGACUCAACACGCUCGAGACGCCGCUCACAUCCAGAGUGAGGUGGCCUAUAAAGGCAUCAGGAAGGGCGAUUUCUCGGGUUCCUCCUUCACUGCGGUUCCAGACUCGGCAGAGAUGAAGUUCAUUCAGCAGAUCUCGCACGUGCUCAGUGAGAAAGAGUACCGUGAGAAGGGCCAGAGGAGCCUCUCGUCCAGCGUUUACUCUCAGCUGCCCGACACUCCAGAGACACAGUUCAUCAAAUCAGUGUCUGACCUGCAGAGCGAGGUGAAAUAUAAGGCGUCUGGGAAGCAGCGGGUGAGCGACUCGCUGUACGCCACACUGCCAGAGACGCUGGACACGCAACACGCUAAACACGCCACCGACAUCAUCAGUGAGGUGAAGUACAGAGAGGACGGAAGACUGAGUUUGUCCAGUCCAUUAUUCACUCGACUGCCAGAGACGCUGCAGACGCAGACGGCCAGAGAGAUCGCAGACGCACAGAGCGACGUCAGAUAUAAGCAGAAGAAUGAUCAGGUCAGUCUGUAUUCACUCCUGCCGCAGACCGCAGACACAGAGUUCGCCAAACACAUGAGCGACGUCCAGAGUGAGCUUCAGUACAAGCAGGAGGGUAAGAAGGAAGCGGAGAGCAAUCUGUACAGCCUGAUGCCGCAGACGCUCCAGACCGAACACGCUAAAGACGCCUACGAGCAGCAGAGUCACGUUAAAUAUAAAGAGAAGAACAAAACAGAUGCAUCUCUUUACGCCUGUCUGCCCGAGACUCAGAACACGGAACACGCCAAACGCGCCGGAGAGCUGUGCAGUGAGCUGAAGUAUAAAGAGGCCGUGAAGAAGUAUCUGUCCUCACCGCUGUACUCGCAGAUGAGCGACACCGCAGAGAUCCAGCGGCUCCGAGAUCUCACCGCACUGCAGAGUCAGGUUCAGUACAAGACUGAAGGACAGAAGCUCAUGAGCUCCAGUGUUUAUUCUCAGAUGGCAGAGACUCCAGAGAUGCAGUUCAUGAAGACAGUGACUGAACUCCAGAGCGACGUGAAGUAUAAGGAGGCCAGUAAGCAGCAGAUGAGCAGAUCUCUGUACCAUCAGCUCUCAGAGACUCCUGAGACUCAACACGCUCGAGACGCCGCUCACAUCCAGAGUGAGGUGAAGUAUAAAGAGAAGGUGAACUCCUCGUCUCUUUACUCGCGUCUGCCAGAGACGCCAGAGACUCGACUGGCCAGAGAGCUGACAGAUGUCUGCAGCAAGGUCAGAUAUAAAGAGGAGGGGAAGAGAGACGUGUCGUCCUGUCUGUACUCACAUCUGCCCGAGACGCCGGAGACGCAGUUCGCCAAACAGCAGAGUGAACUCCAGAGCCAGAAUCAGUACCGGAGAGAGACGCAGGAGGAUCUGUCUCACUGUCUGUACUCUCAGCUGCCCGAGACGCUGCACACACAGUUCGUGAAGGAGCUGACGCCGCUCAUCAGUGAGAAUAAAUAUAAGGAGGAUGGAAAGAAGGAGCUGCAGAAGUGCCUGUAUGUCCAUCUGCCCGAAACCAGUGAAACACAACACGCCCGAGAGCUGACACAACUCUACAGUCAGAAGAGCUAUAGAGACUCUCUGGACGCUCAGGUGUGUCUGUACGCUCAGAUGCCACAGACCAUUGAGACGGUGUUCGCUAAAGAAGUGUCCAAACAGCAGAGUGACAAACUCUACAAAGAGAAGUUUAACUCAGAGAAAGGCAAAUCAAACUACUCACAGAUGAAGGAUCUGCCCGACGUCACACACGCCAUUCAGGUCAACAAACACCAGAGCAAUGUGGCGUAUCGCCGAGGGAAGGAGGAGCUUCAUAAAUUCAGCGAGGUGAUGGACAGACCUGACAUCCGGAACGCCACACACGCCAGUAAACUCGCCAGUGACGUGGCCUACAGGAGUAAAGCGGACACGUUUGACCAGCGAGCGCUGCUGGAGCGACCCGACAUACAACACGCCAAAGAGGCCACGCGACUGGCCAGUCAGGUCAACUACAAGCAAAAGUUUGAGAAGAAUCUGAGAGAACAGAAGCCGCAGUACAACCCCAGCGAGUGUGUGAGCUUCAGACAAACGCAGGCCGCGUCAGCUCUGGCCAGUCAGGUGAAGUACAGUCAGAAGAAGCUGCAGGCCGUCACUGAUUUACCCAACCUGCUUCAUCUGGGUCACGCGCUCCACGCCAGCAAACUACAGAGCAACGUGGAGUACAGGAAGAAGUAUGAGGAGUCUAAGGGCCAGUACCUCCUCGCUCUGGACACGGCUGAACAGCGCCACCAUAAGGAGAACGCCGUGCUGCACAGUCAGUGGAAAUAUAAAGAGGAAUACGAGAAGAACCGGGGGAAGUCGCAGAUGGAGUUUGUGGACACACAGACAUAUAAAGUGUCAAAGGAAGCGCAGAAGAUGCAGAGCGAGAAGGAGUAUCGUAAGGAGUACGAGAGCCAGAUUAGAGGGAAGGUUCUGCUGGAGGUGGAUCUGACGCCGGCGUAUCUGACGGCUCGUAAUGCCAGCAGCCUUGUUAGUGAGAAGGAGUAUCGUAAGGAUCUGGAACAGGAAGUGAAAGGGAAAGGCCUGACGGGUCUGGAGGAAACACCGGAUCUGCUGCGGGUGAAAAAUGCUGGACACAUCCUGAGUGAGAAGGAGUAUCGUAAGGAUCUGGAGCGUGAGAUCAGAGGGAAGGGAACGGACGUCACAGCAGACAGUCUGGACAUCCAGAGAGUGAAGAAAGCGUCUGAGAUCAGCAGCGAUGUGUCGUACAGACAGGCGUCUCAGCACAGAGAAUCAUCAUACGGUACAGUGACAGACACACCUGCGCUGCUGCACGCCGCUUACCUGAGAGACGUCUACAGUCAGAAGAAGUACCGCGGUGACAUGGAGCGUCUGAAGAGCUCGUGUUCUGCUGCUUCAGACACACCAGAGAUCCAGAGAGUGAAGAACAACCAGCGCAACAUCAGCGCACUCUUCUACACGUGGGACUCGCGGCUGAUGAAGGGUCUGAGGUCAGCGAUCACUGACACUCCAGAGAUCAAUCUGGCUCGAGAAAACACCAAGAACGUCAGUGACGUUCAGUACAGGGAGUCUGUCGGAUCCGGAACGGCCGUGACUGACACUCCUGAGAUGGAGCGCGUGCGCAGGAACCAGCGCAACAUCAGCGACGCCAAAUAUAAGAAAGCGGUUGAUCCGGUCAGUGUGGGAGUGACACCAGAGCUGGAGCGGGUCAAACAGAACCAGCAGAACAUCAGCACGGUGCAGUACCAGCGCAGUUUGCAGGAGGUCAAAGGUCGCUCCUGCUCAGAGUUGGAUACGCCUGAAAUGAGGCGUGUGCGGAAAUCUCAGGACACUGUUUCCAUGGUAGCAGGACUGCGGCAACGCCUGUGUGUGACAUCACAGCAUUAACACGUGACUGACACGCCACACGGGUGACGAACGAUAACACGCGUGUGCUAGUAAAGACUCACGAGUUCAUCAGAGACCAAACCGCACCGUAACACACACCUGCAGUGUGUUUGCAUGAGUGUGUGUGUGUGUGUGUGUGUUUGUUUGUGUGUGUGUGUG